AUGACAUUACAUAAAAUUAUUAUUGAUAAAAAAUUGAAGCCUGUUCAAACAACUUUCGAACCCAUUCAAUCGAAUGAAACAGUGGAAAAUAGUUGGCGGUAUUUUGCACUGAACAAUUUCUUCGAUGAAGACCGGUAUGGAUUUAAUGAUACAACUUCUAUGUAUACAAUUUUCAAUGGAUGUUAUACCAAUCCGUCAUCGAAUGCGAUCCUCGAUAUGUUUCUCUGA